CACCAGCAAGACCAAAAAAUAAGCCAAUCCCAGUCUACGAUGCCACUGGAGCUGUGCUUGUUACUUCAAAAACUAUCACGAUCAGAAUGCCGUUUUGUUAUUAUAAUGAUGACCACGGACCCAUCAAAAAUGUUCAAGUGCUGGUUUCAGAAACAGGAGCUCAACAUGAUAUAAAUAUUACAAAGUGGUACGAUGCCUACAACAAGAAACCGAGGCCGUAUUUUGCCAAUGAAGGUUUUCCCAACCCUCCCUGCCCAGAUGGAAAGCUGCAACUUAGCAACCAUGACGACGUGUAUGUCAUCGGUGCCGAUAAUACAUGUCUGAUACCAGGCAAUGAAGACAAAAUCUGCAAUGGUCCCCUGAAACCAAGAAAACAAUAUGU